AACACAGCAACUCCUCUCUGUUCACUUAUUUCCUGGUUCCCGCCCCUUCAGAUCUACAAGUCUGAAGAUGGGUGUGACCAGCAUGUGCUGAAGUGGAAGAGACGAAACACAUGUUGUUUAGAUCAGAUCUGCAGCUACUUUCACUUGUAAGGAAGUGAAAUUGACACAGUCAUUGUGUCUGAAUGCUGAAAUGGCGCAGAAAGGAGUUCAGCUUUAUUCAGAAAAAAUCUCUUGUUCCAUCUGUCUGGAUCUACUGAAGGAUCCGGUGACUAUUCCCUGUGGACACAGCUACUGUAUGAACUGUAUUAAAACCCACUGGGAUGAAGAGGAUCAGAAGGGAAUCCACAGCUGUCCUCAGUGCAGGAAAACGUUCAAACCCAGUCCUGUCCUGGAGAAAAACAUCCUGUUAGCAGAGUUAGUGGAGGAGCUGAAGAAGACUGGACUCCAAGCUGCUCCAGCUGAUCACUGCUAUGCUGGACCUGAAGAUGUGGCCUGUGAUUUUUGCACUGGGAGGAAGCUGAAAGCCAUCAAGUCCUGUCUGGUAUGUCGAGCCUCUUACUGUGAGAAACAUCUCCAACCUCAUUAUGAAUCUUCUACUUUUAAAAAACAUAAACUAGUUGAGGCUUCCACUAAACUCCAGCAGCUCGUCUGUUCUCGUCAUGAUGAGGUGAUGAAGAUUUUCUGUCGUACUGAUCAGCAGAGUAUCUGUUAUCUCUGCUUAAUGGAUGAACAUAAAGGUCAUGAAACAGUCUCAGCUGCAGCAGAAAGAGCUGAGAAGCAGAAGGAGCUGGAGGUGAGUCGACAACAAAUCCAGCAGAGAAUCCAGGACGGAGAGAAAGAUGUGAAGCUGCUUCAACAGGAGGUGGAGGCCAUCAAUGGCUCUGCUGAUAAAACAGUGGAGGACAGUGAGAAGAUCUUCACUGAGCUGAUCCGUCUCAUCCAGAAAAGAAGCUCUGAUGUGAAGCAGCAGAUCAGAUCCCAGCAGGAAACUGAAGUGAGUCGAGUCAAAGAGCUUCAGGAGAAGCUGGAGCAGGAGAUCACUGAGCUGAAGAGGAAAGACGGCGAGCUGGAGCAGCUCUCACACACAGAGGAUCACACCCAGUUUCUACACAACUACCCCUCACUGUCAGCACUCAGUGAGUCUACACACUCAUCCAGCAUCAAUAUUCGUCCUCUCAGAUACUUUGAGGAUGUGACAGCAGCUGUGUCAGAGGCCAGAGAUAAACUACAGGACAUCCUGACAGAUAAAUGGACAAACAUCUCACUGGCAGUCACUGAUGUGGAUGUUUUACUGUCUGAACCAGAACCAAAGAGCAGAGAUGACUUCCUACAAUAUUCACAUGAAAUCACACUGGAUCCAAACACAGCAAACACAUAUCUGUUAUUAUCUGAGGGAAACAGAAAAGCAACAGUAAUGAAACAACAACAGUUUUAUUCUAAUCAUCCAGACAGAUUCACUGAUUGGAAUCAGGUCCUGAGCAGAGAGAGUCUGACUGGACAUUGUUACUGGGAGGUGGAGUGGAGAGGAGAAGGAGUUGAUGUAGCAGUCGCCUACAAGAACACCAGCAGAUCAGGAGAUUCAGAUGAAUGUGCAUUUGGAUUCAAUGACAAAUCCUGGACAUUACAUUGGGACAUAAAUGGUUACAAAUUUUGGAACAACAAAGUGCAAACUCCAGUCUCAGGUCCUCCUUCCUCCAGAAUAGGAGUGUAUCUGGACCACAGAGCAGGUAUUCUGUCUUUCUACAGCGUCUCUGAAACCAUGACUGUCCUCCACAGAGUCCAGACCACAUUCACUCAGCCGCUCUAUGCUGGAGUUAGUUUCAUCUACACUGGAGACUCUGCUGAGUUCAUAAAACCAAAAUAAACAAAAGUCAUUAAAGGCUCAGAUGGUUAAAAUGUGUAUUUUAGUUUCCAGUUUAUUUAUCUCCAUCAUUGUUGAGUCAUUUCUUCAGCUGUCAAUCACACUUUCUGGGUGGUUCUCUGACAUCUUCUUGUUUGUUGUUUUGUUGAUGUUUGGGUUUGUUUGGGUGGAGCUCCUUCCUGUGUCUGUUCAGCCAUGGAGGCUAUCACUGCUCAUGAGCAUUUUAUUCACCUAAACUAAUUCCAUUUUCAUUUAAUUAGUCAGAGCAAAUGUUGUUGUUGUUCUAAUGGAUGUACAGAUGAGGUGAUGUAAACAGUAAUGAUCAUGAUCAUCAUCAAUCAGGACAUCAAUCAUUAUUUUACUGAUUAAUGUGACAAACUGAUGAUUUGCAUGAUCAAUAAAGAUGAAAAAGAUGAUGGUUUUGGGAUUUAUCCUCAGUUUAGUUCUUAUUCUGCAUAUUUUAUUCUUUUUAUCAAAUAUAAACAUGAUUGUAUGGUUACGUUUUUAUAGUUAAAAUUUGUUGUUUUCUUUAAACUUGAAUCUACUGAUUCAUGAAUUUUGGACAGAAGCUGUUCUGUAAAUUUGAAGAGUGGGAAUCAAACAUAUAAGAAGAACGGUACAUUUGUUUUCAUGCACAAUGUUUUGGUGAAAAAGGAAAAUAAAAUAUUAAA